AUGUUUUUUCCCGCAAUGGUAGGCGUGGAGACAAUCGUUGAUGGCAUCCAAGUAUUUGACCCUGGUAGCAAGAACAAAGCGAGGCAUCACCCCCAUGUUUCCUUGCGAACCUUCCCAAGCUUGUGUGAUAUCUUCUGGUACGUGAACGUGAUUAAAAGAGAGGCUAGUAGACAUCUGAACUUCAACACCUCGCUGUAA